UCAGCUCCCAGAAGUUUCAGGAUGUCUGAUUCCAGGCCGGGAAGUGGAGCUCGAUUUAGACCGGUCUCACGGGAAUAUUAUAGGGGACGGUUCAAAGUCUACAUCCCUCCCUCUCUGCCUCUUUCUGCUCUCAGUCAGAGGCAUCUGGAAUCGCUGCGGAUCGGAAUCCUUUUCUCUUUUUUAUUUGUUUCAGGCGUCAAAAGAGGGCAGGGAUGCCUGUUUGUGAAGUGAGUGAAAAGGAUCCACGAAGCUUUUUACUCAGUGGAGGAAAACUUUGAACUGGAACUGGGAUACUUGGAAGAUAAUUUGGAUUUUUUUCGGAUAAAAUAGUUUUUCUAUGGUAAUUUCACAACACGUUUAAAGCUGCUAGAAGCGUGAAUAAUCCACAGGCUACCUCAGGAGGUCCGGUGUCCUCUCUACAGAGAUAUUAUGUGCGCACUGGAGUGAUUUUUCCCCUCUCUGGAUCCAGGGAUUUGUUUUUUAUUUUUCUAGUGAGAGCAGAGCUGAGCUGAGGGCAGAGGGGAGCUAAAUGCGGCUGACUGGCGACCCUGCACCGGGAACCAUGAACAGCAGCGGGUCUGGCAACUUUCUGCUGGUCCCCAUACCGGAGUACCCCCUGCUGGACUGCGUGCCCAACAAGACGGUGAAGAUUGUGGUGCUGGGAGCGAGCAACGUCGGAAAAACCGCUUUGAUUGUUAGGUUUCUGACCAAGAGGUUCAUUGGUGAUUAUGAAGCAAACACAGGGGCACUCUACUCCCGAAAGGUCACGCUGGAGGGUGAGGAAGUGUCGCUUCAGAUCCAGGAUACACCCUGUGUCGCUCUGCAGGAUGAUGCCGAGGGUCUGUACUGUCAGGAGCAGAUCAACAGGUCAAUCUACUGGGCGGAUGGAUAUGUGCUGGUUUUCUCCAUCACAGACCACAACAGCUACAGAACCAUCCAGCCACUGUACCAGCAUGUCAGACGUAUACACCCCUCUGGAAACAUACCGGUUAUAUUGGUUGGCAACAAAAGUGACCUGCUCCGAGCCCGACAAGUGCCUGCAGAUGAAGGCGAGACGUUAGCAGCUUCAUUAGGAGGAGUUUACUUUGAGGUCUCAGCCAGAGAAAACCACGAAGGAGUCCAUGCUGCCUUCCUACAUCUCUGUCAGGAGGUGAUCCGGGCACUGGGAGGAGGGAAUGGGGAGAAGAGAAGAGGAGGACUCCACCUGGCCAGACCCAAAUCUCCCAACAUGCAGGAGCUGAAGAGGAGGUUCAGGCAGGUCCUCUCCUCCAAAGUCAAAUCAGCCACAACCAUCUGAGUGCAGGACGGGCUGAAAAAUGACAACCUGCAGCCGGGCACGUGGCGGAAAUAAAAGCUAAAACGCCAAAGAAAAAAAAUAUCACAAGAAGAGUUUUAUGUUUGGAGAUCUGGAGCCAUUACUGGCAUGAAAAGACAUGGUGUGUGUGGUGAUCAAAGCUUCUCGAAGAGCACAAGGAGUCCUGAUCAGAUGUAUGAAACGUAAGCCUUUCUGGCAGACGAGCUCUUCUGGAAGAGCUCUGCGGUCAACACGACCUCUUUCCAGACUCGAGUACAGCAAAGACGCUGCCCAAAGCUGAAAUGACAGAUACAGCCAAACAAACAGCUUGUGUUGUAUCAGAAACUUUGCAUGUUUGUCAUGAAAGGCAGCAGAACUUUCUGACACAUUUAUGUCUUAUUUCUUUCCGGUUAAAAGCCACAAAGUGAAUUAAACAUACCAAAAAGGAGCGAAGACGCAUCAGCUUUAUGCAGUUUGUUUUACAUGACUCAACAUCUCUUAUUUCAUCUCUCAACUGUGUUACAUUUUCAUUGUUUUGUUUUGGGUUUUUCCUUUUGGUUUUUUUUUUACUUACUGGGGAAUAAAAUGUUACUCAAAACACA